AAUCUCAAGCUUGCUUGGGAAACUCAUGAUUCUUCCACCUUUACCAUCCCCUGGAUCCUGCAUUUGCACCAAUGGGGAGUGGACUGUGAAAGUUGUGUAUUUCCCCCAGGAAAGUCACUUUCCCCAAUGCCCACGUCAGAUGCUGCCAUAGAUGGCUUUAGAAUAAGAACAUCUUCCAAAGAGGUACACCGGGGGUUGGGAGGGGAUUGAUAAGGGAAAUCCUUCCAGAGAGCAGAAUGAGUCUGCCCGAUCUGAUGGGUCAUGCAAAGAACUUUCUUCAUUGUUGGAACUUGGAGUCAUUACUAUUCCUGCCUGGCAGGAUUUGGUAUUUGUGAUGGACUAGUGUUUUCUGUGUAUUUCCCAUUCUCCCCCUUUCUGAAUGAGAGUUUUUAUUGUAAUUAUUCUAUUCUACCCUUAUUACUGUAAUAUUGGGUAUUUUGGGGAAGGUGAGGGGGCAAACAGCUGUCUUGUCUUUCAGCUAUCCAACUGACAAACCAUUUAAGAGUGAAUGGCCGAGCAGACUGCAGAGACUCCAAACUUCAAGAAUUGUCGGUGAGGACGAUGGAGGGAAACUUUUUACUCCUGAAGAAUAUGAAGAAUACAAAAAAAAAGUAUUACCUAUGCGCUUACAGAACAGAUUAUUUGUGAGCUGGCGAUCACCAACUGGAAUGGAUUGUAAGCUUGUGGGUCCAGAGACACUGUGUUUUUGUGCACAUAGGUAUAAACAACAUAAAACUGACUUUGAAACGAUUCCACAGCAGCGCCCCAUCAGUCUCCCUUGCCGAGUGAGCGGCUGCGGGUGCAGGGCGUACCUUUACGUCCCUCUGAACGGCACCCAGCCCAUUCGCUGCAGGUGCAAGCACCUUGCGGAUCAGCACAGCGCUGCGCCCGGCUUUCUCUGCAAUGCCUGUUCCAAGUGUUCAGGAUUCCAUAGUUGCUUCACUUGUGCUUGUGGUCAGCCUGCGUAUGCUCAUGACACAGUGGUGGAAACUAAGCAAGAAAGACUGGCUCAGGGCAAGCCAGUGGGACAGGAUGUUCCUUAUGCGGCAAUGGGAGGCUUAACAGGUUUCAGCUCACUGGCGGAAGGCCACAUGCGGUUAGAUGACAGUGGGAUUGGUGCACCUUCAAUUGAAUUUUUAGACUCUCCAGUUACAGCUAUGGACCACCCAUUUCUGAAAGCAUUUCAAGCAUCAUCUAGUUCUUCUCCAGAAACACUGACAGAUGUAGGUACAAGCAGUCAAGUUUCUUCCUUAAAGAGACCUGAAGAGGAUGAUAUGGCUUUCUUUGAAAGACAAUACCAAGAGAGGAUAAAAAUGGAAAAGGUUGCUAAGCAGAAAGGAAAAGCAUCAUUGCCAUCAAGUACAAAAGCUUCAUGAAGACUAUUGGGAAAAUUAAAACCAUCAUCCAAAUAGA